AUGUGUAUUUUAUUUAAUAUUUUUAGUGGUGUUGACUCUUAUAAAAACAUAUACCAUGGAGUUGAAUUUCAUAUAAAAAAAGCUUUAAAAUCGAAUGUUAAAGUGUUGCUCUUUUAUGGGGACACAGAUAUGCGUUGUAAUUUAAUUUUGGGUUCAAAAUUUGCUUCAAAUUUGGGAUAUAAAUUGCUUAAACCAGCUAAGCCUUGGGUUUUUCGUAGUCAAGUUGGCGGUUUUAGAACAAUUUAUGAAGGAGGGUUGUCUUUUGUAACAAGUUCCACAAAAGAAAGGAGCAGAAAUGCAAUACUUAAUUGA